UGGAUCAGAUGCUAAUCUAUAUGCUCUUUCAGCCGUGCAGGCGAGCUUGCCAGCAAUAGCGCAGACAUGACAGCCUCGUAAUCAAGCUAGUUCAGUAAAGCAGUUCUUCUUGAUUGGCUUCGGUUGCAGCGUAUGAGUUGGUCACACACACACGAGAAUGAUUCUCCCUAUCUGCUGGUUCAGCUCCGCGGUUGCAUUCACCUCCGCAGCUAUAUAAACAAGGAAACCGAAGCCCGGAAGGCACCAUUGCAGCAGCUUGCCUUUGAUCUUUCUUCUUUCCCACUCCCACCCAGAAUUUUCAGCGUUUCACAGCUUUCACCGGUUCCAAGGAUGGCGUGCCACCUGAGAUCUGCUAGCAUGCCUUCGAGCCCUCGCUCCGUUGAGGAACAGAUUCUGAGCCUGAAAGUAGCCAUCUCUCUGCCUUCAGUGACCAUCGAAACCAUGGUGGAUAGUCUGAGCAAGCUCGGGAGCAUCUACAGCCACAUAGACGCGCUCGCAUCCCUGCCCAGCUGCCAGAGGAAGGCAAUGGAGGAGGAGCUCGAGCGCUCCGUUGUCCUGCUUGACCUCUGCAGCGCCAUGCAAGAGAGCUUUGCAGAACUCAAGGCCAGUGUCCAGGAGACGCAGUUGGCUCUCAAAAGAGGAGACGACGCGGCUCUUCAUGCCAAGAUUCAGUGCUAUGCGCGCUCAGCUAAGAAGGCACAGAAGCUGUUCAAGAAGGUCAACAAGAAGACUGCCUCCGACAUCAAAGGAUGCAGGGUGAUCAGCCUGGUCGCUGAAGCGAGGGAAGUUGCCCUAUCGAUCCUCGAGUCGACACUGCAUCUCCUGGCGAAGCAGAUUGCGGUCCCAAGUCCCAGCAAGUGGUCACUUGUAUCCAAAUCGUUCCAGAAGAAGAGAAUCAUGUGUGAGGCGGAGCAGUUGCAAGGGUUGGAGCCGGAGAUUGCUGGUCUUGAGAGCGGAGUUGGGACUUUGUUCAGGACGUUGAUCCAGAGCAGAGUUUCUCUUCUCAAUGCUCUUAGUUUGUAGGCAGAUCAUAUAGCACUCUGACCCCCCCUGUGAUUAGCGUCCGCCUUUUAGAGGAUUUGCUGAUCAUACAAACAGUUUUGUAUGUACAGAUAUAUGAGAGAAAGUGUGCAGAAAUAUACUCAAUUGAGAAGCAAAGUUUUUGGUCUA